AUGCACCUCUCAAAACUCCGGAAUUGGUUCCUUGCAUCGCCACCCAUCGAGUAUGCGAUCUCCAAGCUCCGGGACCUUCUGGUUGGAGCAAUCAAGCAGGGGCCAGUUCCACAACAUAUCGCUUUCAUCAUGGAUGGGAAUCGGAGGUUUGCCCGAACUCACGGGAUCGAAACGGUGGAGGGGCAUAACUUGGGGUUUGAGGCACUGGCACGGAUCCUCGAAGUGUGCUACCGGAGCGGAGUACAAGUUGUGACGAUAUACGCGUUCAGCAUUGAGAAUUUCAAACGGUCCAAAUUCGAGGUGGAUGCUUUGAUGGAGAUGGCGAGAGUCAAAUUAUCGCAGAUGGCCCAGCACGGAGAGAUCUUAGAUCGCUACGGGGCGAAAGUACGGGUACUCGGCCGCCUGGACCUGCUCCGCCCCGAUGUGCUUGCUGCAGUCGACCGCGCAGUCGAUAUGACGAAGAAUAAUGGUGAUCGUGUUUUGAACAUUUGCUUUCCCUAUACAUCGCGUGACGAGAUUACGAGCGCCAUUCGUGACACCGUUUCCGAAUACAGCAAACCACUCCGGUCAACACACUCUUCGUCGUCUCUUCCGCGGACGCCGUUCUCCGAAGAUCACAUUACACAAAACAUCAGAUCCCGAACAACGAAUGGGAAGUUGGAAGACUCGAGCAACGAGUCCGAUUCUGUAUCAGAAUCAUCCACACUCGGCGAGGAUGAUGGUCAAAAGCCACCCGACCGGAACCACGUCUACAAGUCCGAAUCCGCUCUUUCAUCCGCUGCCACACUCCACCUCCCCGAUCAACCUACAAAGGGUCAGACAAGAGAAUCCACUGGUUCAGAACCGCCGGUUUUCAAAUCCCCGGAAACAAUCACGCGCCAAACUUUGGCGGACCAUCUACUCACCCGCGACAACCCGCCUCUUGACUUGUUGAUCCGUACAUCAGGGGUGGAACGUCUUAGCGACUUCAUGCUCUGGCAAUGCCACGAGAAUACAGAAAUUGCCUUUCUAGACAUUUUAUGGCCCGAAUUUGAUCUGUGGCAGUUUCUGCCCGUGCUGCUAAGAUGGCAACGGAGGGUCUCCAAAGCAAGACAGAAUCCGGAUGCCGAAGGUAACUUUGACGGCGAGUUCCAGGAUCCCUCGGACGACAGCAGGGAAGAACUCGUGGUUAGUUCCGCCGCUAAGCCGAAAAGCUUAUAG